GAGUGUUUAGUUUCCGUAACAACCAAUAGCGUAGACGCGGGGUUCUGCAGCGGUGGUUUACGAGUUUAAAUGUUUAAAUGCCAAGUACUGUUUUCUGUCAUUGUGUAGAGUAUGGUGUCCAUACAAGAACGCAAAUAAUCAUUAUUUUGUUGAUGUGAUUGUGCGACGUAUGUUCCUUUUUUGUGUGUGAUUACACCGUUAAAAAAUGGCAGUUUUUUACUAUCAACGGUUGUGAGAGUGAACGGAGAGUUGUCAUUAUGAACUGUCAACUUCUAGAAUAUGAAACUGUUUGUAUGAUAGGGUCCGGUUCAUUCGGUACGUGCUUCAAAGUUAGAAACCGAACUACUGGAAAGUAUUAUGUGUGGAAGACUAUAAAAUAUGGAACAUUAUCACAAGAACAGAAGAAGCGCCUAGUCUCCGAGGUGAAUUUAAUGAGCGGCCUACAUCAUCCAAACAUUGUCGAGUACCAUGAUCGCAUAAUUGAUAAAACUUCAGCUACUUUAUAUAUAAUAAUGGAAUGGUGCCCAGGAGGUGACCUCUCUGUACUUAUAACAAAAUGUAUAAAGAGGAAUUUAUCACUAGACGAAGGAUUUAUAUGGCGUGUUCUCUAUCAGAUAGCGCGCGCACUUCAAGCGUGCCACUCCCAGCUUCCCUCUGGAACAUUGUUGCAUAGAGAUGUGAAACCAGCAAAUGUCUUCUUAGAUUCAGAUAACAAUGCGAAACUUGGUGAUUUUGGGUUGGCACGUAUUCUAAAUAGUGACAGUAGCUGUAGUCAGACAUUUGUUGGCACACCUUACUACAUGAGUCCUGAGGUUAUAAUGGGUGGCGCAUACAGCAAAAAAUCUGAUGUGUGGUCACUUGGAUGUAUUGUUUAUGAACUUUGUUCUCUCAGGCCGCCUUUCAAGGGUUCAAAUAUCAAACACUUAGCUCAGAAAAUCAUUGCAGGAAGGUUUCCAAGAAUUCCAGCACACUAUUCUGAAGACCUCCAAAACAUAAUUUCACUAAUGCUAAGUUCUAAGCCCUGUGAUCGCCCAACAGUUGAUGUUUUAAUUCAGAAUCCUGUUGUUCUUUCCCAUGUCAUUCAAGAUUGCAUUAACGCAAAGUUAUCUGUACCUAAAAGUCUUCAGAUGCUGGAAAAUCCAUGUGAAACAACUGAAAAGGUUAAAGUAUUCCUACAAGAUAACUUUGCAGCUUCCAACCUUGCUGAUGUUCAAGUGAUACCAAAUGACAGUUUCUCAAAAGGCUUUGACUAUAAGUUUCAGGAUGUAUUGUCAAAAAAACUGGCAGAGCUCAAAAGAAAAGAGGCAGCAUUGCAGUUAAAAGAGUUUGCAGUUGCUGAAAGAGAACGAGCUGUUCAAAAGAAAGAGAGAGAUUUGUACACAGCAGCAACAGCUGAAGGAAGAUUUAUGACUGAGGGGAAAAGUCAGCAUAAAUAUCGUGAUGUCAAGUUGACAGCAUGGAAACAGAAAACUCCACACUUGUACCAUAUGCCUAUGAAGAAUGAAGACACUUCUUUCAGUGCAGACACAGGUGACACAAGUAUUCUUCCAACUUCUGCAAAACUGAUCACAGAUGCAAAAGAAUGUUUCAUAAAAAAACCAAAUGAAAGGAGAGUUCAUUUUGAUACUGUACAAGUACUGGAUGCUGUUGAGUAUACAUUUUAUGACAGAAGUAGUACCCUGUGCACUAAAAAGCCUGCAACUAGUAAAACUAACGAACAUAUGCAUUCUGAAACUGCUGGUUGCAUCAGCAAGAAAAGUGUAUUACAUGGAAAGUCCUCUGCUCAGGUUCUCCAAAAUGUUGACAAUAUCAACCAGAAUAAUGUGGACAAUUCACAUAGGCAUGUAUUCAGCCAGUGGAAAAAGGCAGGUACCAUUCCCCGGACAGGGAGGGGUAAUUGUUCAAAUAAGGAAAAUAAGCAUCCUACAAUGUCUUCCGUUCAAAAUGCAGUCGAAUUGCCUGUGGAUGAUGUUCUUACCAAGAAAUUCAGUUCAGUGGUAAAUUUCCGAUGAAUUCUUGUUGUGGAGAGUGAGUGAUAUGGUCUCAUGUAUUAAACACAUACAAAAAACUUAGUACCUGACUAGUUUGUAGCUAAUCAAAUUAACAUGGGGAUAGUUGAUCAAUAAAAUUAUUUUAUUUGUAUUGAGUCUCAAGGAUCCUAGAAAACUGACGCACAUAUGUACUUAACAUCUAACAUGUGAGCUUCAAUUGGUUUUAUUAUGCUUUACUGUUUUUAUAUAAAAAUUUUGAUGUGCUUGAUUAAAAAAUAUUUAAUUGUUGACCAUUAUAAAUGUGGAAUUGAAAUGUAUCUUCUCCUUGUUAGAUAAUUUGUUGUACUACCCUCUGACUCCAGCAGGUUCAUUUAGUCACAUCAGAUGUUUGUCAACUGUGCAGACAGAAAGUUUCUGUGCUAAACAGUAAAUUAAACGCAUUCACAGUGUUAAAUAAACACUCUUUGGCUCAGAAUUGUCCUAAAAUGCUACUUGCAGUAUAAUAGUAACUAAUCUGUCCAAGGAUCAUUAUUAAUGAACUGAUAUCGUAUUUAAUGAGAAAUUAUGCAGGUAACAUUCAGUAUUAGAAUCAUCGUUACUCUCAUUUUGUGGAAAGUUUUUGUAGGUACUAGAAACUGCUGCUAACGUGAAUGCCCUAUGGCCUGUUGUUGGCAAUGAUAAAAUAGUACUGUUAGAUAGAUAAAGAACUCAUGUUGACAUCAGCACUUGACCCAAGUUCUGACUAAUUUCCAUUUCCAACAGGCAAACAAAUUACUACUACAAACACACAGCUGUGGUAUCACAGAAAUAGCAACACUAGGUGCAACAGAAAUCGUAUCCAUUGGACAAUCUCCAAAUCUGCAGAUGUGGGAAUAAUAAAUCCCCAGGAAACAUAAGGUGAAGAAAUGAAAGAAUACUUAACACAACAUGAACAUAUAUCAUAAAAAUAGAUUCAUAGAGAAAUUUAAAAAGAAAAUUUAAAACAGAAAAUAUAGGGAGGAUAAAAGAGAUAUCAUUUUGUGAAGAUGUUUUGGGAGGAUAUGAAUGCAAAACACAAAGUAUCCACUUUGAAUGGGGAAAUGGAAGGAAGGAGGAUAGGUUACACAAACUGAAAGUAGGAACCAGCUGUUAAAUGAAUUGUGAUAUUUAAAUGUGGAUACAGAAUCCUGAGAUUGUGAAACUGAAGCUUCCAUUUUUGGAAAUUAGGCAAAAAAAGAAAUGCACAGUAGUUAUAAAAACAAGGGCCAAGAUAUUGUGUAUGUUGCCCAUUGUCACACUGUUCACCACAUAACAAAGUUGUCAAGAGGAAAAAGUUUUUGUUAUCACUUAAAAUGUGACAAAACUGAAAUCUUAUACACAUCCCACAAACUCGUCAGAAAUUUAACAGACUUGUGAAAUUAAUUCAAGGUCUAGAAAAAAUAGAAGUGCAUGAUAUUAAUGAUCCAAUUAAUAAAACGUUUUGGGCUAUUAUCCCAUGGUUGAAUGAAUUUCACAUUUAAACCCAAUGUUUCAUCCUCAUCUGCGGGGGCCAUUUUCAAGGGUGAUUGUAGCUUCUUUGAGUGUCCAAUUCACACCAGGGCUCACUAUUGACUUUAUCAAAAUUCCUUUACACUUGCUUCCACACAGUGUUUUGAAUAUCUGAGACAGCUGGCUGUUGUCGACUGCUGUCAUCCACUGUUGCUAUCACCCCAUCUUCGGCACUGGAAUCCAAAUGUCAUUCAAUUUCACACCCUACUCCUUCCUACUGAAAUUCCCGGGGUGUUUUACAAUCUUAGUAGCGUCCUGUAUAGCCUUUCGUGGUAUCUGCUUAUGGCUGCCAGUCCUGGAGUCAUUCCAGAAUGAAUGUGGUGGUCUCCUGUCUAGAAAGAAUGUUACACAACAGCUGAUCUGUCAACCACCCCUCCUCUAGUCUUUUUUGACUAUUCUUUUUGUAAUAUCCAUGUACGCAUUCCCACGACGACACAGAAUCCCAUAAAUUCCUGCUUUCUUCAGGGAUUGGUGAGCAUCCUUGUCCGAUUUUAGAUGAUCUCUUAUCUGCCACAUUCGUUUUUAUAUUAUCACAAUGUUCUGUUUUUCUUAAGUUUUUUCCUAUUUUGUCACUUUCAUCCUUAAUGAAGGGCAGGAAAACUAUAUUUCACAGGCACUCUUGCAUCACGAUGAUUUCUGCACAAUCAUCUUAAUGCCCGUUUUACCUCCGCAGACAAAUAACAAUUUUUGAGCAGUGCAUUGAAGUAGGGAGGUUAUGAGGAUAUUACAAAAAGAAGGUCAAAAAAUAACUAGAAGAGAACAUGCCAAUUGCAGAAGUGGGGAGACUGACAGAUCAGCUGUUGUAGAACAUGCUUUGCAGCCAGUAGACCACCACAUUCAUUUUGAUAGGACUAAAGUACUGGCAGCCACAAGUGAAUACCAUGAAAGGCUAUACAGAGGGGCUAUAGAGAUUUAAAACACCCCAGGAAUUUCAGUAGGAAGGAGGAGGACAUGAAAAUGAAUGACAUCUGGAUUCUUUUCUGAAGAAGAUGUGUACCAGUCUUCCAUCCUGGUAUGAUAGCAACAGCAGAUGACAGCAGCCGACAAUGGCCAAUUGCAAUGUUAUUCAAACCGUGUGACAUGUCACUGCGCGGAUGUGCACACAAAAUUUUGCUGCAGUCAGUAGUGAGCCAUGGUGUGAACCAGACACUCAAAGAACCUACUGUCCCCCAUGCAAAUGUUCUCUGCAGAUGAGGAUGAAACAUUGGGUUUAAAUGUGAAGUCCAUUCAAUCAAGACAUAAUAGCCCCAAACAUUUUGUUAACUGAUACAUUUCUGGCCAUGAAAGUUUACAUUUUACCAUUACAGUGUUUUCAUGGGGGUCCAGACUUGAAAACCACAAAACUGAGCAAAAUGCAGAAUUGUGGUAAAUUAUAAAACCCCAACAAACCCAUAUGUAGUUAUCAUAUAGUAUUAAA